AUCUACGGUACUUAUGUACAGUAUGGUACUUUGUCUACUUGUUAUUAUUUGUUUACAAAACAGGUGAUAUGCGUACAAGAAAACUGGAUAAAGCGACUAGCCAAAAGUGUCACGUUUUGUGGCACCAUGCACAUGGAGUUGAUCAGCUCUCACAUUUCUGCAUGAAUUCAUAAAAGAAGCUGUUUAGUAACUUUCUACAUAUUGAAGGAAUAACCGACUGAUCUGACCAUGGGAGUGGCAAACUCGAGAGACUAUCAACGCACAAUUUCUGUUGUGCUGGAAAGGCGCAAUGAGCCUCUAAUGAAAGACAAACCUAAAUGGAAAAGUGACUAUCCAAUGGCAGACAGUCAGCUAUGCAGUAAAAGAGAUGAAUUCUGGGACACGGCCCCAGCCUUUGAUGGCCGUAAAGAGAUCUGGGAUGCACUGAAAGCUGCAGCUGUAGCGUUGGAGUGUAAUGACCAUGAGCUAGCACAGGCUAUUAUAGAUGGAGCCAACAUCACACUGCCUCAUGGAUCCCUGAUGGAGUGCUAUGAUGAACUGGGAAACCGGUAUCAGCUUCCUGCAUACUGCUUGGCUCCACCAGUCAACCUCAUCUCUGAGUGCAAUGAUCAUAAUGUGUCUGAACACACUGAGCUACAGGAGAAGAAGGAAACCGAGUUCGAGCUGAAGGUUCGUCUCUCCACCGGCAAAGACAUUCGUCUUGGUGCCAGCAUGGCCAACUCCAUCCGGCAGCUAAAGAAACAACUUGAGGUUCAAGAAGAUAUUGAUGCCACCUGUCAGCGGUGUUUUUUCUCCGGCAAGCUGCUGACAGAUAAAACACUUUUGCAGGAUACCAAGAUUCAGAAAGACUUUGUAAUACAGGUCAUUAUCAAUCAGCCCAUUUUUCCCAACUAAGCUUACAAAAAUGUGAACCAGGAGACAAUAAACUGACAUUGAUU